GGAACUGUAGCCCUGCGGACCAUUGCGAGGGAGGCACACCCCCGGCCCGGAAGUCGCUGACGGGAGCUGGUGCUUCGGCAGCCAUCGCGCUUUGCAGUUCGAUCUAGGAGGGUGUAGGGCAGACGCCAGGCGAGGAAUUGCGACCUCUCCGUUCGCUGACCCUGUAAGAUUUGGAUAUGUCCUUCAUAUUUGACUGGAUUUACAGUGGUUUCAGCAGUGUUCUACAGUUUUUAGGAUUAUAUAAGAAAACUGGUAAAUUGGUAUUUCUUGGAUUGGAUAAUGCAGGAAAAACAACAUUGCUACACAUGCUAAAAGAUGACAGACUUGGACAACAUGUCCCCACGUUACAUCCCACUUCAGAAGAGUUAACCAUUGCUGGCAUGACCUUUACAACUUUUGAUUUGGGUGGACAUGUUCAAGCUCGAAGAGUGUGGAAAAACUACCUUCCUGCUAUCAAUGGCAUUGUAUUUCUGGUGGAUUGUGCAGACCAUGAAAGGCUGUUAGAAUCAAAAGAAGAACUCGAUUCACUAAUGACAGAUGAAACCAUUGCUAAUGUGCCUAUACUGAUUCUUGGGAAUAAGAUUGACAGACCUGAAGCCAUCAGUGAAGAGAGGUUACGAGAGAUGUUUGGUUUAUAUGGUCAGACGACAGGAAAGGGCAAUGUAUCUCUGAAAGAACUGAAUGCCCGACCCUUAGAAGUUUUCAUGUGCAGCGUGCUCAAAAGGCAAGGUUAUGGAGAAGGUUUCCGUUGGAUGGCACAGUACAUUGAUUAACAACCUCUUGCAUCGGUUCCAGGUCUCACCAUUCAGGCCUACUCAGAGAUUUGAUCAUUCAACAUGCAUAACUUGAAUUCAAUAGACUUUUGUUGGUUAGAAAACAUGUUUUUUAGAUUAUUAAUAUUAUAUCAACUUAAUUUGAGUGGAAAUUGAAAACUGAUUCAAGUAAGUUUGAAUAUCACGUUAGCUUUCUAAUUCCAUAAAAAUAGUUUAUACAGUUUAAUAUCUGACAUUUCCCCCAGUGCCAUUUAUAAAGAACAACUUUCCAGCAGUACAUUUGAAGCACUUUUUAACAAUGUGAAGCUACAAAUAUAAACCAUGUUUAAAAGCUCAUCAUGUUAAAUUUUUAUGUACUAUUUUGGAACUAGUUUUUAAAUUUUAGAUUAUAUGUCCACCUAUCUUAAGUGUACAGUUAAUAAUUAGCUUAUUGAUGAUUGCAUGAUGCCUUACAGUUUUCAAUAAUAUUUUUUCUUAUGCAAACGUCAUGCAAUAAAACACACCCUGAUGUUUGGCAUCCUUCUUGGGCAGAUGUCUCAUUUUAAUGUGUCUUAUCUAGCUAGUGUCCUCUGAAAUUUUGAGUAUUUAAUAACAUACAUAUGAGGGGGUUGUGGGGAAAGGAGACCACUUCAGAAUUUUUUAGGAUAAUGUUUAAGUCUCUAGAGGCUUUUGCAUUUACCAGAAGAAAAGUUGCUUAUACCACAUUUAUCUCUGAAUCAUGUGUAUUUGUAACAGUAAUGCUACUAUUGUUAGUGCUGUUGGGGUCCACAUCCUCAUUUCUGUGAGAUCGGUCUUCUGAAGAAAAGCACAUCUUCUGGUACAACACAAAGUUAAUCUGGGGUUUGAUAGGCCCUGUAGCUCUAUUCCAGUUGUCAGAUUCUGAAGUGUUCCAAACUUUUUGGUGCCUGGUUUGGUCAUUUGUGCCUUUUCCCCAAAAGUAGUGACAGGCAGCAGUCUCCCCACAUUUAGAGGUACUCCUCAGUUCCUUUUACAUAAUGGUAUUCCCAGGGCAAGCAACAAGUAGCACCUUGUGCAUAGUUUCAUUGUGGAGGCCUGCAUGUGUGAGGAGAAAGGAUGCCUGUUCCGCUUCAGUUGUCACUGAGCUGUGUGGGGAUUCUGGUCCUGUCCUAUAGCUCUUUUGCAUUAUCUAGCAUAUUUUAUUUCUCAGUAGAAAUAAAUGAAUGCUGUGUUCAAUUUUCUUAACUGCUCUCAGCUCUUUAUAUAGCACCAAGGCUUUGGUUUUAGAAAUAAUACUUGCCAUGUGAUAGUGUCUGCAAGCCUCGCUGGUAGACUAACAUUUUAGUUAGCUUUUAAAGCACUUUAACCUUCUAAGAAAUUGAGUUCUUUUUUUCCCAUGAAAUUCUGAGAUUCCCAUGAUUACUAAAAUAAGCUGAAAGCUAAGUGCCAAGCGUGUAUUUUUUUAAAGACUCAAACUUGAGAGUUAGUUCUCUCUUGGUUAUAAACCAGGAUUUUAUAAUAUAUUUAACCAAUUCCAUUGCAAAUAGAUUGCUCCAGUUCCAUCAAGAAUACUUUCAGUAUCAGAAUUAGUGUUUUCUUUAGCUGUUUUCCAAAUCAGUUAUUCUAGUUCUUUCCGUCAUCAAUAAUGGAACAUCUGAGAUACACAAGGAUUGAGGGAUAUAACUGGAAGGACUUACCAGUUAGCUAAACUAGCAAGGUCAUUUCAACGUGACCUUUGGUUUUAGUAAUAUGGCUCUUCUGUUGCACUUUAAGCUUCCUUUCAAAUGAAAAUAAGAGCAUCUUCCCUGCUUAGAAUCAUUGGUAGCAUCAUGGAAAAAGGAGGAAAUGACCUAUCAACCUUUUUGGUUUAUUCUGCCACAUGGGGUUCAAAUACUCACUUCUAGGGGCACCUGACUGGCUCAUUUGGUGAAACAUGUGACUCUUGAUCUUGGGGUUGUGAGUUCAAGCCCCACAUUGGGGUGUAGAGAUUACUUAAAUAAAAAAAUCAAGUACUUCUAAUAUCCUGACUAAACAGAACCAGGCUUUAUUAAAAGUAACUGCCUCUCGUUGUUGGUAUCUGUCUUGAGCUCCUAUAAAGACAUGCCUUUUCUUCAAGUAUUUCCUUAUACUAUGAUAUUGAGAAGUUAAUUAUUUGUGUCAUAAAUUGGUAUAAAGGAAAAAUUCUUUGUGAUACAAAAUACAUCACUUCAGAAUUCUCAUUCUGAUUCUGACAGUGAGAUCAAAGAAACAAAGUCAGUUGUGUACCACAGCUAAACUGUGGAUAUUUUCCCAAUGAUUUAAGAUUCUUAUGGCCUGAGCAUUCAGAAAUGAAGCUGCACUUAGCAGCAGCCGGCUUUCCCCACCCCCAGUUCCAGCUCCAGGGAGAUGGGCUCUAGAUAUUGGGCUUACUAUCUCACUCUUCCAGCUCCUCCAGGCACAUACACUGAGUCACUGUUCCCCUUCCUAGAGAGGCCUAUUAAGAAGAUGGCAAGAAACAAUAGAAACAUAGGGAAAAAAUGUACUCUCUCUGUGCCCGUGCAAGUGGGUGCACCUGUGCAAUAUUCUGGGGUAAUUGGUAGCAUUGCAGACAUAGGUUAAUUUUCUACCUUCUACCAUAAGGUGUGAAAAUGUACACAAGGCAAGAUUGGAUUCCAUAUAAAUCAGGCACUGCUCAAAAGAGGUUUUAGAAUCUUUAGUGUAAAACUCUAAAAGACAAGAUCUCAGACCACAUUUUUCAUUUUAAUGAAACCUUUAACCCCAUACCUCUUUCAGGGACUGCUAUUAUAUACUUUUGGGUAAUGUUUUAAAUUGAUUCUGGUUUGUCUUUAUCUCAGUGAAUUUUUAGGAUGGACAGCAUAGCAUUUUUUUUUAAUUGGGGCCAGACAUUUUCUAAAAUACAUGAAAAAAUAUUCUUCACCAUUGGCUUGGUUGACCCAGUAUCUUUGAGUGCCAAAGAUGUAUGAAUUCAGAUAUUGCCUGCACAGAUGUAAAGUUUAGUUUUGUGUGCCUGUGUAUAUAGACACACUUAUUGUGGUUUACAGUAGUGUUUCUUUUCCUUAGUUUUGAACCAGCUCACACUUCCUAGUGCUUUCCAGCACAUAAACUACUUGCAAGGUUUACAUGUUAUGAAACUACUGGUUGUGAUUCAGUGUGGCAUUUCAGUCUUGAUAGUUAUGUGAAUAAAAUUCACAAGGGAAUAUUGCCAAAUAAAUUUUGACCAGAGUACAAUGAGAAGAGCUAAUAUGAAGGGAAUGCUCUCAAAGUAUCUUGUGUUCAUUUUAGAGUAUAUUGCUUAGAUCAUUUUAAACCUAUGUAAAAGUUGAAGCUUCAAAAAAUCUCGAAGAAAGCAUGAAAACAUACAGAUUAACAAAUAAAAAUUCCUUAAUGCAAAAUUAAUGAUAAAUUAAAGGUUCUCUAUAAACCUUUUAAUUUUUUUUUGCUAUAAAUAUAAGAGUUCAGAAAACAGUGUAUCUUCAAUUAAGGUCUAAAUUCCUAAGGCUACAAGGGGGUAGCUUCCAUCAUUGUUCUUUUGAAAUGCAAAUUAGUGCUUUUUAACCAACAAACAAAUCUUGGAAUAUAGGACUGUGCCUCCGUGGAAAAUGGGAUUUUGUUAAAACCGUUUCCACUUCUGAACCCUGGAACCAUCCCCUCUCACACUCCCACACCACCCCUGGAUAAAAAGAAUGAAGGGAAUCUACAGAGUCUAUUGAAGAUGUAGCUCUGAACCAACUCAUUUUUGUCCUCAAAAUUUAGAACAUUAAAUAACAUGCAUUUAAUACCACUGACCGAUUGUUCAGGGAUUUGACCACACUUUUAAAGAGAUUCAAAAGUAAUUAGAGUGAGCAAAUUUAUCCAAAGUAAACUUUGUUUCAGGAGCAUCCUUGCUCCAAAUAGAUUUUAGGGCCAUUUUUUUGCAAAGCCUUUUUGAGUGGUUUCACGCAGUUAUUUUUGGAAAAGCUGCAUUGGAGUGGAUAAAUUCUUCUUCAGCAUGCAUUUUAAAUGAGGGAGGAAGAAUUCGAUUUAAUUUCAGUUUCAAAUAUUUUGGGGUAAAAGAUAGUUCUACAGCUUUUGACAUUCAAGAGGUCUUUGGAAUUGUUUUAUCAAGUGUGGGCACAUCAGAAUGGCCAACUUCACAUGGGUUUCUCUAUUCCCUGGUGCUGCUCAUAACCUGAACUCAUCAUCAGUUGCCAUACUGAGGUGAGAGCACUCAGGGUGAAUGUAGUCACGUUUCUUUAAAAGUGAUCAAAGUGUUUUCUGUGGUGAGGCCUUCAGUAUUUGAACGCAGAGUAUGCGGAAGUGGUAAGUCAGUGUAAGUUUUUCGUCAUUAACCUUGUUUGCACUUUUGUACACUGCUGCUUGCACUAGCAUCUUAGUGUGAAUUUUAACAAUGGUUUUACAGUGUAUACAGAUUGUUAAGUAUAAUUUAUAUAAAUAUGUUUCUGUUUACCUUUAUGUAUUUUACAAAGAACAGCUAUGAUAGAUGGUUAAAGGUUCUUGAAUUGUGUUUUUAUGUUAUUUUGAUUGUGUUCUAUUAUCAUUCACCCCCUAUGAAUUCGAGUGUCAGGAGUAGAAAAAUAAAUGCUAACACAGUCUUUGAAAAA